AUGGGUAACUCGAGUACCAAGGAGGCCCGACCUGAGGGCGAUCCCGGUCGGCGCCAUUCAACGCCUGGGGAUCCCUCGGUCCGGGAAUACAUGCAUAUGAGGGAGUCGGGGACAGCUUCACGAAGACGCAUGAGUAGGGCAGAGAUCUUUGGUAUUGGCGCUGGUUCCUCCCGCGAAAGACAGGAUGUCCCUUUUGAGCGUCGCGAGACCAAGCAGGAACGUGAGGCGAGAAGACUUGAAAGAGAGCGUGUUGCGCGAGCAAAGGAACGUGAGCGCAGUAUGCGCGAGGAGCACGUCGAUGGAGGUUAUCUGGUCACAUUGGGCACCUACACGGGAACUGAAGAUUUCAGCAAGCCUGUCGUGAGGCAACUACAGAUUGAGAGAAAGCUUGCGCCCUUUUGGCAAGGUCUCAACGAUUGGUCUCCUAGCUGGACUGAACACCAGCUGAUUGCCGCUGCCCGCGGCCUUCCGAUCCCCGCCGCCGAUGCGCCUCCCGAUCCGGACCUGAUACCACAGCCGCCUGCUCCCGUGGAGCACCCAUCAGCCUCGAGCCAGAACCUUAUGGUGCCCAUGGGGCCUCGGACCCUUUCCGUGGCAUCAGAUCGUAGCGGAUCUAAUGCUGGAUCAGGACUCCCAUCCCCCGUAUCGGCCGGGCCAAACAAGUCCAGCUCUCCAUUCAAGCCUCGAGCAAAGGCGCUCGCCGCUGCCCUGAGUGUCGGAUCUCGUAACGCCUCGUCGACAGAUCUAUCGCCCAAGGAGGUGACUCUACCUCACGAUCCCUUUGUUAACGGCCAGCCGAUCGAGGUCUUCUUGUACAAGGAUGCGGACGACUGUCCCAUCUGCUUCCUUUCUUAUCCCCCUUAUCUUAACCACACACGAUGCUGUGAUCAACCUAUCUGCAGUGAAUGCUUUGUACAGAUCAAACGCGCAGAUCCUCACCUUCCCGAGCACCACCCCAACGGCGAGGCCAGAGACCCUACCCAGGGUAUCACACCGGACGACCCCCCGGAGAUGCUUACUUCGGAGCCAUCGUCGUGCCCAUACUGCCAGCAGCCAGAGUUUGGCGUCACGUACGAUCCUCCCCCUUUCCGCCGUGGCCUCGUCUACUCUACCAUGCACGGCAACCUCCCGUACGGCACGGCCAUGUCGUCGCAGAGCUCCUUGAAUAGUACACUUCCCCCAACCUCGCCGGCGCCAACCGGUCGCAGGCGCACACAUAGUUUGUCUGCGAAUGCGCCGAAUGUCAUCACUACAGAUCGCGUACGGCCUGACUGGGCGGCAAAGCUGGCAUCGGCUAGAAAUCACCAGGCCCGUAGAGCCGCUGCCGCCACUGCGCUUCACACCGCCGCUUUUCUUAUGGGUGGGAAUGAGCAAAGAUCGAUACUGAGACCUGGACGUUUCAGCAGGAGGAACACUGGAAGCAAUAACAAUGCCAGUGGAAGCGCCCAGAACCAGAGCCAGGAAGGCUCUCAGAUCGACGCGACCGAGGGACCAGAGCCUGGUGCUGGGGACUCAUCUAGGAGCGUUCCCGGAGCUCGACGCAAUAGGAUGGACGAGCUCGAGGAAAUGAUGUUUAUGGAAGCCGUUCGCCUUUCGCUGGCAGCGGAAGAGGAACGCAAGCGCAAGGAAGAGAAGGCUAUACGAAAGGAGGCGAAGAAGCGAGAGAAGGAAGAGCGGAAAGCAGCCAAGAAGGCCGGCGCUCAUCCAUAUGGUGGCAGCGCCAGCGGUGCAAGUGGAAGCAGCCUAUCUUUGGGCCUGGGUCGACGACGUGGCAAUAGUACUGCCAGCAACUUGAGGAUGGAGGCUACAGUCUCGAGGGCAUCGCAAGCAUCCAGCACUCCCGAAACGCCAGCGGAAACCAGAGCCAAGGACGAGAACGCAGGAAAGGGUAAAGGAGUUGAUCGGGGCCCCCAGGAAUCUCACACCGGGCCGACGUCUUCCUCGAGCUCUCUUCCUCUCCCGUCAGCACCUCCCCGAGGGGGUUCGCAUCUUAGACAGAUGAGCAACGCUUCCUCGGUCGGAUCGUCUCUGGCGGACAGCCCUGCUGGUAGCUACACUGGGCCAGGAUAUACGGGCGCCGAUGGAAACCCUCGGUCUAGUGGACUGAGCCUUGGCGCCUACAGUGACGAUGGAGAUCGCGAUGCGGGAAGCGCUGGAGCUGAACCCAUGUUCAACUUUAGCAGCUUGGCUCAGAUGGUCGGGGCCAAUCUCGAAGAUGGGUCAGUUCGGCGCGAGGGUGACGACACGGAGUCUCCUGGUAGCGGUGUAGCUCCACACCCACGGCCAUUAUCCCAGGUGAAGGAAGAUGAUAAGGAGGACGCGGAUAUAGAGCAUGUGGAGGAGGGUGGGCAAGCUGCCAAGACGGAGGUAUACACGGGCUCUCUCUGCCCGCCUGCGUUGACCAUUACACCGGAAACGCCAGCACCUACGAAUGAUAACGAGGCAGAGGACAAGCAGCUUGGACACCCGACAGUGGCAACGCUGGCACAAUAA